CCCCUCGCGGAAGAGCCCCCAGCUCUGUUAGCUCGCGAGUUGAGGCGUGGUGGCUGGGAGGGCGCCUAUCGAACCGCCCCGGAUUCUGCCCGCGGAGCGACGUGCGGCUUCGCGCCCAGGUGGGACUUGGCUUGGUGGCCAUGGGCAAGCAGAACAGCAAGCUGCGGCCGGAGAUGCUUCAGGACCUGCGGGAGAACACGGAGUUCUCGGAGCUGGAGCUGCAGGAGUGGUACAAGGGCUUCCUCAAGGACUGCCCCACAGGCAUCCUCAACGUGGAUGAGUUCAAGAAGAUCUACGCCAACUUCUUCCCCUACGGCGAUGCCUCCAAAUUUGCCGAGCAUGUCUUCCGCACCUUUGACACCAACAGCGAUGGCACCAUUGACUUCCGGGAGUUCAUCAUUGCGCUGAGCGUGACCUCACGUGGCCGCCUGGAGCAGAAGCUCAUGUGGGCCUUCAGCAUGUAUGACCUGGAUGGCAACGGCUACAUCAGCCGCGAGGAGAUGCUCGAGAUUGUGCAGGCCAUUUACAAGAUGGUUUCGUCCGUGAUGAAGAUGCCGGAGGACGAGUCGACCCCAGAAAAGAGGACCGAGAAAAUCUUCCGCCAAAUGGACACAAACAACGACGGCAAGCUGUCCCUGGAGGAGUUCAUCCGCGGGGCCAAAAGCGACCCGUCCAUCGUGCGUCUGCUGCAGUGCGACCCCAGCAGCGCCUCCCAGUUCUGAGCGAGAGGACCCAGGUUCCCCCUCCUCCCUGCCUUCACUGGCCCUCUCCCGGCUCUCGGCUUCCUCUCCUUGUGUCUAUCCAGGCUGGGGGUCAGGCUGGGCACCCAUCCACCCCAGGGCCUGCACUCUGGGGUCUCUGGAGAAGGCAACCCUGCAGCAAGCAAGCGGUUAGCACCCUCAGUCCAAAAGGCAGCACCUCCCUUAGGCAAGGAUGAGACGCAGGCUCUGGCUGGGUCUGCCCCCUCCCCCCUUACCCAGACGGAACUUCAGCCGUUUUCCCCCGCCCCCCACCCGCCCCCCGACUCACAC